CUUACUGGCUCACAACCACAACUCGAGUUGCGCCUCCAUCAGAAACCAGUUUAGAGAAAUCCCAGUAGAAGAGACACGAAGCUCUGGUGCAUUUCAGCUACGGAGCCGCAAAAUUGAUACCUCUCUGUAUGCAGUUUGGAGAGACAGCUUUCGACCCCUGGUGCAUCCUGAGGUUGUGGAACACACCAUUUCGACAGUCGAGGUCCUAAAAAGUUUUUCUCAACGUUUGGAGUGGACUUGUUUAUUUUGUUUUGCAGUGCGCGAUGAUGGCCACUUACCAAAACCCGGAGGAUGACGCAAUGGCCUUAAUGAUCCAUGACACCAACACGACCAAGGAGAAAGAGCGACCAAAAGAGGAGCCGGUCCAGGACAAAGUCCCCGAGAAGCCGGACCCGUCCCAGAAACCACCGUACUCCUACGUUGCUCUCAUUGCUAUGGCUAUCCGGGAGAGCACAGAGAAGCGCCUCACUCUUUCUGGUAUAUACCAGUAUAUAAUCAGCAAAUUUCCCUUCUAUGAGAAAAACAAAAAGGGCUGGCAGAACAGCAUCAGGCACAACCUGAGUCUCAAUGAAUGCUUCAUCAAGGUUCCGCGGGAGGGCGGCGGUGAGAGAAAGGGGAAUUACUGGACACUCGAUCCAGCCUGCGAGGACAUGUUUGAGAAGGGGAACUACAGGAGACGCCGCAGGAUGAAGCGGCCUUUCAGACCUCCGCCAACGCACUUCCAGCCAGGGAAAUCCUUGUUCGGAGGAGACGGCUAUGGCUACCUGUCCCCGCCGAAGUACCUGCAGUCUAGCUUCAUGAACAACUCCUGGUCGUUAGGCCAGCCACCGACACCGAUGUCCUACACGUCCUGUCAGAUGACAAGUGGCAACGUGAGUCCAGUGAACGUGAAGGGACUGUCAGCUCCCUCGUCAUAUAAUCCCUACUCCCGGGUGCAGAGCAUGGCGCUCCCCAGCAUGGUAAACUCUUACAACGGCAUGAGCCAUCAUCACCAUCCAGCGCACCCGCACCAUGCCCAGCAACUGAGCCCGGCCACCGCCGCACCGCCUCCAGUUUCCUCCGGCAACGGUGCAGGCCUUCAAUUCGCUUGUUCCCGGCAGCCCGCGGAGCUCUCCAUGAUGCACUGCUCUUACUGGGAACACGAGACCAAACACUCGGCGUUACACACGAGGAUUGAUAUUUGAAGUUUACCAAAUGGUCUGUGUAAAAGAGAAGACUCUAAGAUUGAGCAUUAAUUCCUGUGAUUUCAAAACAGAACCAACAGUAUUUUUGAAGAGACCAUUGUGACGAGCUAUUUGGGUCCAGCUGACAUCCAUAAAUACCGAUGGGGAGAUACACAAGAGCUUUUAUUGAGAAGAUAUUACAGUUUUAAACACGGGAAGUAAAAAGGACACACCAGGUAGUACAACUUCUCGGAGCCGUUUCGUUCGUCUGUAUUAAAUCUGGACUGAUGGUCAUAACUCGGUAUCCUAGUCAUAAUUAUGAAUUGUGGAUUUUUUUCAGGGGGAUAGACGUUGCCGACCAUGCUCCUGUAUUUUUGGUAUGCGUAAAAAUGUAUCCCAACUUUACGCACGGCGUAUCUACAGUCUUGCAGAAUGAAACGUGGACAUAAGAGCUAUAGUUAAGGCAGUGCUUUAAUAUGUAAUUGAAUCUGAGUUCAUUUUGGCCUUGAGUAAGGCAUGCACGGUGAAACUUCAACCCCUGUCAUGGUUGGGACCUUUGUUAGGUUACAAAAGUGUGCGUAAUGAUCCACCAGACUGCCAAAAUACAAUUCAGGGCUUUCAUAUUUCUUGAUUACAUAUGUAUGUAUGUUGUAAAUUCCGAUAUGACGCCAGCCAGUGCCAGGUUUUGUUAAUCUUUCUAAUUAUUAUUUUUUUAUAAAUGUGAUUAGCUAUGUCUCAUUCAUGUCGAGGCCAUGUUUCAUUCUACUUAGCACUUUCCUCUCUUUUCUAGGUUUGUGAAUUUCUUAAUAAACUUGUAUUUCUUAAAAUAA